GCUUACGACAAGCGGGAGGAGCUUGGGUCGGGCAUUGCUUACGACAAGCGGGAGGAGCUUGGGUCGGGGAUUGCUUACGACAAGCGGGAGGAGCUUGGGUCGGGCAUUGCUUACGACAAGCGCGAGGAGCUUGGCUCGGGUAUUGCUUACGACAAGCGGGAGGAGCUUGGGUCGGGCAUUGCUUAUGACAAGCGCGAGGAGCUUGGCUCGGGUAUUGAUUACAACGACUAGGACAACAGACUACUACUACAUAGUACAUAGCAUAGUGAGACAACUGUCUUGGAAAUACACCAAUAGAUCUCAUGGUUAUCCAUUAGAUUAUACAACAAAUAUUCAUAUCAAGCUCACAUGUCAGCGACUUUUAACAUCCAAACACAGACUGAGAUCCGCCUAGGCCUGCGAAAUAUUUCUCCAACACACUCUUCGACACGACAUGCUUCGGGCAUCUACGUCCCGUCCAUGUUUCAAAUUGCACAUAGCCCUGCUCCAGGAGC